AUGGAAAAUGAGACAAAUGCAAGUGAAUUCAUCCUCAUGGGUCUGACGAAUAUCCUUGGGCUACACAACUUCCUCUUCUUUCUCUUCUUGCUGCUGUACUUGGCCAGCAUGCUAGGAAAUACCACCAUUUUGUUGAUAGCACUGGUUGAACCACGGCUCCAAACUCCCAUGUACUUCUUUCUUGGCAAUCUCUCCUGCCUGGAUAUCUGCUACUCUACAGUUACUGUGCCCAAGAUGCUGUCUGGCUUCCUGUUGGGGCAUCAGAAAAUCUCUUUUAUUGGAUGUCUGUCCCAGCUCCACUUUUUCCACUUCCUGGGAAGCAGUGAAGCUUUAUUGCUAGGUGUUAUGUCAUAUGACCGUUAUGUGGCCAUCUGUAACCCACUGCGCUACACUGUCAUCAUGAACAGGAAUGCUUGUAUUCUUCUGACAACAGCUACCUGGACCACUGGGUUUCUCCAUGCACUAAUGCACACCAUUAUGACUUCCCAGUUGCGUUUCUGUGGUCCCAACUUAGUCCAGCACUUCUUCUGUGACAUCAAACCCCUGUUGAGUUUGGCCUGCUGUAGCACCACCCUCAACCUCAGCCUUCUCAACAUUGUUACAGGCCUAAUUGUUGUUAUUCCUUUCAUCCUUACAUUUCUCUCAUACUUCUACAUCAUCUUCUUUCUCUUCUUGAAAGCAAAAUCCAAGGAAAAUAGAACUAAAGCCUUCUCCACUUGUGCUUCACACCUCACAGUUGUGACUCUAUUUUACACAGGAGCAAUCUUGACAUAUGUUCCUCCCUCUUCAGGAGAAUCCCUCAAACAAGAAAUGAUGGUCACACUAAUGUACACCAUUGUCACUCCAGUUCUAAAUCCCCUGAUUUACACUCUAAGGAACCAAGAGGUGAAAACUGCCAUUAAGAAACUAGUCAAACAAAAGCUCAUGCCUUCAAACAAAUGA